UGUUCAACGCACGGAACACACACGGGUCCCAGUACGGUUUUCUCGCACUGUGUACCAAUACGUACAGCGUACAAAGCUAGGUGGAGCUGAAUUGUGUGUGUUCGUUUUUCAUUGCCAUAAACCAUAAUUCAUCUUUGGGCGAAUCACAAUAGAAUAUGACGAUGACCUCACCAAAACUUUUCAUCCACUGAAUAAAAAUCGCAUACCUCGGGAUCACAAAGGCAUGCAACAGGGCGGUGAGAAUCGGCUGUACAGUCUGUUUAUACAGAACAGAAGUUGACACCCAAAUGUAACAAGUGGUUCUGUACGUUGUUGGAUAAUCUUGCUUUUCGUUGCAUACACCAUUUUGAGGAGAAAUUAAAAAAGCUUAUUUCGUGGCGUCUUUCUCGAGGAAAAAUGGCGUUAACUCCUUAUCACUGCUACUGUUGCCUAUCCCACCGUAAGGGUGGGAUGCUCGGCGCCAUAAUUACGUUGAUACUGUCGGCAAUUAGUGCGUCAUACUACAUCUGGGUCUUACUGGAUCUCUACACCCGAUCCAAUGAGUUCACUAACCAAGGCUAUUUUAACGCCGUAUUGGUUCUUCACUACUUCUUGAUCGCUGGCACCGGAAUCAUCUUCCCUUUGCUCACCCUCAUCCUCUUCGCAGGCGCCUACUGGUACUAUUCGGUUCCGGUGGCCUUUUUCUCCAUCAUGGCAUCACUCGGAUCCAUUCUCGAGCUCGGAGCGCUCGUCUUCUUCGGCGUCACCUUCUUCAGCUCCUCCGUGACAACUGCUAGCCUUGGAUCUGAACCUCUGAUUCUGGGAGAGAUCCUCUGGUUUUGUAUCAGGUUCAUUUACAUGCUUCAUCUGAUCUUCGCUUCCUGGGCCCUCUACCAAAAGAACAGCUCUGGGAACGAGCAGAAAAGCACGACCUUCUAAAGCAUAAACUACAUCACAAUGGGUCAUAAAAUACUAGUGAUUGGUUUAAGCGACCCUUUCCUUGUAUCUUCACAAGCAUAAUGCAAAAAGAGCCCAAUGCUCGCUUUAUGUAUUUGGCCACAAAACUAUCUACAUGUACAAGGUCCCUAAAUGUAAAAUGAUAUAAUAUUUGAACGUUUUGAACUUUCCUCCAACAUGUUAGUAUCAAAAUACAGUAAAAUAAGUCAAGAUGAGUUAGAUUUCACAAACCUUUUAUCUAUUGAAUUUUCUAAUUUAUUUUCUUAAACAUGGGUUGAAACGAAAAUGGUCUGUUUCCCUUUUACAACUUUUUAAUGAACUAUUGUUUGAUGUUCAAUAACUAUCCAAAAUCAUUACAGGUAACAUAAGAUUAUGGCAACCAUUUGAAUGAAUUAGAUGAAAAUUUAAGCCCAUUAAACAUGAGUAUUUCGAAGCAAAAUGUCCAUAAUUCCUUUCUCUACCACUAAAAAAUCCUGUUAAAUAUAAAAA